UCCCAUCGGAAUGCUUACGACGAGCACAUUCUUUAAGGCUGCUGAUUGGUGGGUGUUGGCGCGAAGGUGGUCGGCUUCGUUGUUCGGCGCUUUUGGACAAAGAGAGCUGAGUCUUGCUGGUUUUGUCAACUGUAGCUAUAUCCCACAGGUUGGAUAUAACCAACAACGUCGAAAUGGCUGAUAAAGAAGCAGCAGCUUUCGAUGAUGCGGUGGAGGAGAGGGUGAUCAACGAAGAGUACAAGAUCUGGAAGAAAAACACUCCCUUCCUCUACGACCUGGUGAUGACACACGCCCUGGAGUGGCCCAGCCUCACGGCGCAGUGGCUGCCCGACGUCACCAGGCCGGAGGGGAAGGAUUUCAGCGUGCACCGGCUGGUGCUCGGCACACACACGUCAGACGAGCAGAACCACCUGGUCAUCGCCAGCGUGCAGCUGCCCAACGAUGACGCUCAGUUCGACGCGUCCCACUACGACAGCGAGAAAGGAGAGUUUGGUGGGUUCGGCUCGGUGAGUGGGAAGAUUGAGAUCGAGAUCAAGAUUAACCACGAGGGGGAGGUGAACCGGGCGCGCUACAUGCCCCAGAACCCCUGCAUCAUCGCCACCAAGACCCCCACCAGCGACGUGCUCGUGUUCGACUACACCAAGCACCCCUCCAAACCAGACCCCUCGGGGGAGUGCACCCCAGACCUGCGCUUGCGGGGGCAUCAGAAGGAGGGGUACGGCCUGUCCUGGAACCCCAACCUGAGCGGCUGUCUGCUCAGCGCGUCCGACGACCACACAAUCUGUCUAUGGGACAUCAGCUCGGUGCCGAAGGAGGGGAAGGUGGUGGAUGCUAAGACCAUCUUCACGGGGCACACGGCGGUGGUGGAGGACGUGUCCUGGCACCUGCUGCACGAGUCCCUGUUCGGCUCUGUGGCCGACGACCAGAAGCUCAUGAUCUGGGACACUCGCUCCAACAACACGUCCAAGCCCAGUCACGCAGUGGACGCACACACAGCCGAGGUCAACUGCCUCUCCUUCAACCCCUACAGCGAGUUCAUCCUGGCCACCGGGUCAGCCGACAAGACUGUGGCUCUCUGGGAUCUGCGCAACCUCAAACUCAAACUGCACUCCUUCGAGUCUCACAAGGACGAGAUCUUCCAGGUGCAGUGGUCGCCCCACAACGAAACCAUCCUGGCCUCCAGCGGGACCGACAGGCGGCUGAACGUGUGGGACCUCAGUAAAAUUGGGGAGGAGCAAUCUCCAGAGGAUGCAGAGGACGGCCCCCCCGAGCUCCUGUUCAUCCACGGCGGACACACGGCCAAGAUCUCGGACUUCUCCUGGAACCCCAACGAGCCCUGGGUGAUCUGCUCCGUCUCCGAGGACAACAUCAUGCAAGUGUGGCAGAUGGCAGAGAACAUCUACAACGACGAGGACCCAGAGGGCACAGCGGACACGGAAGUGCAGGGCUGAGACCCCGCCCCAUGCGCCAUGGCCACGCCCACCCGGUUCAUCUUCCUGUCACAGCGGCGGACAGAGCUGCUCGCCAUUCUCAAGCAGCCAAUCACUGGACAGAGCCAUUCACAGGCAGCCAAUCAGUGGGCCAAGUCAUUCACCAAGCAGCCAAUCUGUGGACAGUCAUUUACAACCGACUAGUGACACAACAGCGGGUGUUUUCCAUCCUGCAAUUAAUAAUAAUAAUAAAUAAAAAUAAAUAAAUAAAAAAACAGAAUGUAUUUUUUAAAUGAAUAUUGCUCUUGUGUUUAAUCUUUUUUUAAAAGUACAUGUUUAUUCCGGCUGCGCGGUCCUCUUUUUUUGGGGGGAGUUUGUUUUGGUCUCCCACCCCCUCCUCCAUCAAAGCAUACGAAAGGCUUUUUGUUAUUUAAUGAGUAUUUCCGACCCCCCUCUCUCAGAUUAACAUUCCUUUCCCUCGCUCUCCGCUCUGCUGAAGUAGCACCUGUGCCAGAUUCAGCCUCUCUUCAUGACCACAGACGGUUUUAAGAUCUGGGGAUAGUGUCGGGAGAGCCCGUUUCUGAAGGAGCUGGAGCCGGAAGCUUCUGGAUUCUCACGCUUGGCUUUUGUUUACGGCCGGAGUCCAGAGAGAGGAGGCUGUCCCGUUUCCAUUUUUCUUUGAGCCCGUCCUUGUGUUUAUCCUGUGCUUUUUCAGAAUUGUAUAAAGUUCAUUGACGAUAAUAAAUGGUUUUGUAUCGAG